CUUUUCCCCCGGCUAGUAGGUCCUGUUUGGGAGACAACAGCGUCACUGCCUCUUGCCAAAUUCCCAGACGGGACGGAGGUGACGGACUGAUGGAGUUUCCCAUUGCUCCUUCUCGGGUCAUUUCUUACGCAGUAAGGUACCUUACUCCUGCUGUUGUUGCUUUGCUCCUUGAGGUACCUUAUCCUUUGCUCCCGCUGGCUGUCCCGCCGCCGCCCUGGGCUUGUCCUGGCAAGCCUGGCCUGCCCGGCGUUGGCACGGACGCUACCAGUGGGCUCUGCGGUGCUCCUUUCUUCUUGAUCUUCAUUUACAUCACUGCCACCUAGCAGCAGCAGCACCACCACCAGCAGAAGAAGCAGCAGCAGCACUGCCAAUAUUCGUACCUUACCUUCCUACCAACCGAGCCACCUCUCUCGCACACAAAGUCUUUUUUUCCCUCUCCCCCCUUCCUUGCCCGUGUUUUUUUCCCUGACCUUCCACCUCCUGCUGCCGGUCUUGCACCCACCUGGACCUUACCCACCCACACAAUCACAAACACACGCCCUCACCUUUCCGGUUUACACCUCUGCCUGAGCUUCCAGACCUACCUUACCUUCAGGCUACACACAUCAUUGCAACAAAAACACCUGGCCUUCCUCUCUCUUCCUCCUACCUACCUACAAACCUUUUCCUACAUCUCAAGAACUUCUCAAUACCCCAAAGCUUCUACCACUUGCUUCUUACCAAAGCUUCUCUCUUCCAUCCCACCCAAGCUUCGAUUUCUUGAAACGCAAACAAGGUAGCUUUCUAGCAACUCCACCAUCACACGACGUUUCCCAUCCGCAACUGCCCGACCGCAGUACUUCCUCUCCUAAACAAGAACACCAUACAUACAUCGCCAGAAUCCUCGUUGCGAUCACACACAAUGUCUGACUUCCCGGAUGCCCCUACCACGGCUCCUUCUGCCAACGGUACUUCCUACAUCCAGGCUACCAAGGAGAACGCUGCCGCUGCCUACCAGCAGGUCGCUUCCGGCCCCGUCGCCCAGAGUGUCAAGGACCAGUCCGCAAAGACUUCAAAUGAGUUCGGCAACCUCGCUGCCUCUCGCAAGACGCCCGCCAACCCCGCUGCCACCGGCCAGCCCUUGACUCACUACCACUCCUUCUUCUUCGAGCUUAUCUCGUGGAACAACCCUCGUGCCUCGGCCAUUGCCUACUCCUCCAUCGUUGCCCUCAUCUUCGCUGCUCGUUACCUCGACGUUCUGCGAUACAGCUUGAAGCUUACCUGGAUGGUGCUCGGCACCACCGUUCUUGCCGAAGUCGCCGGCAAGCUCGUCCUCAACAACGGCCUUGCUACCCAGCUCCGCCCAAGACGCUACCACGUCAUUCCUAGAGAGACGCUCGAUGCCGCCAUAGGAGACGUUCACGAGCUGAUCAACUUCUUCGUGAUUGAGGCUCAGCGCAUCGUCUUCGCCGAGAACAUUGGUGCUUCUGCUGCUGCCUUCAUCGGUUCCUUCAUUGCCUACUACCUGGUCAAGAUCGUUCCCUUCUGGGGCCUUUCUCUGAUUGCCACCACUGCGCUCUUCAUGGUCCCUCUUCUUUACACCUCCAACCAGGAGCUCAUCGACGCCCAGCUCAACCGCGCCGGUGAGGUCAUCAACCAGCAGACCAACCAGUUCCGCACUGUCGCCAGCAAGCACACCGCUGAGGCCACCAACAUCACCAAGCAGUACAUGGGAGAUUACACCGCCAAGGCCCAGCAGCUGCUCGGCCGCCGCUCUGCUUCCCCCGAGGCCUCUUCCAAGCCCGCCCGUGUUCCUUCCGCAGACACCGCCAUCCCCUCUGUGGAGGAGAAGGACUUCCCGUCCGCUCCCAAGGCCGACUUUGAGAGCACCACCACGGAGCCCGUUGUCCCGGGUGCCGAGGAGAAGACCCCCAUGGUCGCCUCCUAAACAUCUCGUUCGUUUGGUUUUCUGAGUGUAUACAGGCUGGCAAGCAUUCGCGGUUUUCGCGUUGUGCCACCGGCUUGACGACAACGGAAUGACUCACGAAUAACACGAAUGGGAUCAUGCACACCACUUUUUCUCUCUCUCACUGCGACUUUAUCGGCGUGGUAAGGUUCGCGGGCCGGUUCUCUGGAGUUUAGUUGCACAUAGUAAGCAACAAAAGGAUAAUAUCACAAGAGUGUCUCCAAGCGGAGGCAAGGGUCGUUGAACGGAUUAUCGUGUACGCAUGUAGUGUAUUGGCUUGUAGUUCUCUCUUCAUGGCACACGGCUUUGGCGAACGGGGGAUCAUCAGAUUGUCUAGGGGACGCAAAGAAACAUGUUACUUCUAUUCUGUUUCGUGCUUGGUGAUUACUGCAUGCCAAGCAUCGGUCGGCAGUGUUUUCCUGAAGUUGUUCGUACUGGACACGUUUUGGGGGCAUGUGACAUCGGUGUAUCGAAGCUGCCUCGCAGUCUAGACACAUCAACUUGCUCGAUAGCAUAAUCCGCGUGCUCGGGAAGCCUCUACAUCACCAUAUUAUUCGUAGCACGUAAGCUGGUGACGUAGGAAGGUAAAGAGAAUUUGACUAGAGUCGUUUCUCCCUCCCUCGGCAGCAUAUCUGGUCAACGAUGAUCACCCCAGAUGGUUAGUUAGAUCAAAGCCCACUCGUUCGCUAUAUAAAGUCUUCCCCUCCUCCCUCUGUUUUUUGUCUGCAGACAUCGUGCUCUCUCCAAC